UUCGAGCUUCCAAGUUGCAUGGCUAAGCUUUAUCGGAAAAUUGUUGGCUAUAUUACAACCGCUUGACAGUUGAUGUGACCCAUUUUUGGGGAAAGUGAACAAAUAAUAUCAUGCCAUUACGCGAUAGAGAGAUCAAAAUCUCGAUUGACAUCAAACUUAUGUACAGGAACUUGUUUUCGAUGGCGUAGCAAUGAGUAACGGUUGGCAGUCCAUUGACCAGGCUGCUCUUCCACCAAUUUCACCACCGUCGAAUUUAAUCCUUCCGAAUACUUCCGAAAGAGAUACAGUCGACCCUCGAGUUCAGGUUGAGCUCGAACGUCUUAAUACUGCCACUGAUGAUAUAAAUAAGUUGGAGGUCGAUUUGGAUGAAGCGAGAGCCACGUUUAAAGAACUCCUAUGUGAAUCCACUUAUAAAAUUGAUGCCUUGGCUAAAAAACUAAGCUCACAUAUUGAAAAGUCUCGUCCUUAUUACGAUGCCAGAUUUCAAGCCAAAGAAACCCUUUUUGCAGCCCAGAAAGCUGCAAUAAAAUUUGAAAAGGCAAAUAGUCAGCAUGCUGCUGCAAAAGAAAUGGUUUACUUAGCGGAAGAAGGUUUAAAAACUGAAGGAAGAUGCUUUGACCACGCCUGGCAGGAAAUGUUGAAUCAUGCAACAUCGAGAGUAAAUGAAUCUGAGCAUGAAAGAGCUGUUUGUGAAGUUGAACAUAAGAAAACAACGUUAUUGUACCACGAAGCUGAACACAAUGUUCAGAUACUGCAAAAAGAACUCAAACGUGCGAUUUCUAAAUCCAGGCCAUUUUAUGAAAUGAAAGCCCACUUUAAUCAAACUCUCGAAGAUCAAAAAUUGAGAGUUACUGCUCUUGAAAAAUCAGUCUCUGAUGCCAAGAUGACCUAUGCGGAAGCUUUAAGAAAUUUAGAAAAGAUAAGUGAAGAAAUUCACAAGACGAGACAACACGAUGAAUCAAUCUAUAUUAAAAAAUUUGAAGGUGAAAAAUGUAUUUCUGUCCUUCCAAAGACGAAUUCAAGUGAUUCCACUACUACCGAAUCUCCCGAUAGUACUGAUAACACAAGUGAUGAAUAUUCAAAUGUGUUUGAAAAAUUACAUCAAAUUGCUAGUUAUUCAUUACCUGAUGUAACGAUAAGCCUAUUAGUGGAAAAGGAUAUAUCUCCCGAAUAUCCAACUAAUUGCCCUGUAAAUAUUUCAUUAACUCAACCUAGAAAAUAUAUAAAAAGUGAUAGACCCUGGAAUACGAAUGCGCACUCGCAACAUAUCACACAGGAUCCGACUGCUGCAAAAACUAAUUUAACAGCCGCAUUGCCCGAUGUCAUGGGGAUUUUAUCCCCAUUAGAGAAAAAAUCUGAAAUUAAAUUAUGCACUGAAGAAAACGUUUCUACUUGUAAUACGGAGGAAUGGACUGAAAUUAAAUUGAUUCAUUCGCCAGAGGAAAAAGCUAAUAUUGUGGGCUCUGUAAAUAAAGCAACUGAAUUUCAAAAUAAUAUUUUAGAUAAAGAUUCGAGUAAAGAAAUGCAAAACAAUUCUCCAAAUACAAAUAAAUUUUCAAGACGCAAAAAACUAGUUUCCCAAAAUUCUUUACCUGCCAUGCCUAGAGAAAAUGAAAUAAGUGUGAGUAAAGAAAAAAAAGGAGAGAUGAUUAGAAGUCCUUCACUGAAAAGAAAACUAGAUAGUUGCUUGACUACAUGGAUGUCGCGAAAUCCAGUACCUGGAGCGAGUAAUGCUGAAAAUUUAGUGAGUUCAAGUAGAAGGCAAUCUUUAGAUGUGUUAUGGAAUUCUAAUACAGGCGAGCGUGUGAAAGAAUUUUUAAAUCAAGGGAUGAUGAUGUUAAGCAUUUCUAAUUUAACGGAACGUCGUUUCAGCGAACAAAGAAUUCCAGGAUCGAUGCAAAAUGAUCAAAAAGUAGAAGAGGUUGAAAAAAUAGAUCUCAAAGAAAAAAAAAUUCCAAGUCCUCUGGAAAGAACCCUUAAUUAUUUAAACAUUAAUGACGACACCGACAACGACAGUCUAGCUAGCAAUGAAAUGUUAACUGAAGAUCAAAUUUCAUCGCUAAUGAUGGAACCAGAUAUCAACCAAGUAUGCCAAGAAAUUUUGGGAACACCUUUACAAGAAGUGUGUCCUUUGUUUCAACAAAUACAACAACAAUAGAAACUUGAAACACUUCAAGAUUUAGUAGGAGUCAUUCAAUUUUUCAAAUUCAUUUUCUCUGUGUAAUAUAAAAAUGCUUAUGAGUAGACUUAAAUAAAAGUAAUUAAUUUCUCGGUUAAGUGUCUUUCGAUUAUAGUUGUU